AGCCCUGGGCGGCAUCCAGGUGGAGCGCCGAGCUGCCGGCAUCAAACAAACAUCAUGUCAUUUUAUGCUCGAAUUCACCCAGCGUGCGCGCACACACACGACUUGCAUCAGCGUGUGCGGUCGCGUUCACCUUUACUCAACUGCUGUUGAGAAGUGGCAUGGCAGCACUCCCUUUUGUUUCCGAGUGGUGGCGUGUUUUCGGGAAUCAAGGUCAGUCAGUCAGAUAUGACAAAUAUGUCAUGACUGUCUUCCCCGCCGCGCGUGUACUAAAGCAACCAAAGCUGUGAGUGUUGCUUUGUCGCCCUCUUGUGGCCACUCGGUGCCUAGCUACUACUUUCAAGUGAGUUGAAGAGCUCCGCGUCACGCUUUGGUGUCAAUUACUCGCCGAUUUUAGCAUCCCUCGCGAUCAUUCGCUGUCCCAACACCGACCCGGUGGACGUCUAUGGCGGCCGACGAGGCUUUCUUUUUACUCGAGUGUGUUGCACUAGAUUCCGCCGCAUUGUGUUUGUGUGCGCGAGCAUCCAUUAGGAAUGAAGGUCAGCCACUCCGACGUCCAUUAAGCCGAGCACCUCGGGCUCGGUCACGUGCGCGUCGGUGCCAGGCCGUCCCCGUUCGGUCACCAGACGGACCCGAUCGGUUUCGGCCAUAUUACGGAGGACGAUGCGGACGGUUGGGAUCUGCGCCGUGGCAGGCGGGGUAGCGGCUAAGCCGACGCGUGUGGAGAAUGCGAUUAAACGCACGCGCUCGGCCGGGCGGCCAAUCGCAGAGCGGCGGUGCGCCGGCCUGCGAGCGAUAUGCAAAUCAGGAGGCUUUUGUCAUUUUUUGCAGCUCGCUCUCUCGGUCGCCACCAAAUGUCAGUCAGUCAACUGACACUAAAGCCUUCUUUGCUUUGGAGAAAAGAUGGCUCAUCAAAUGAUUCACUCCUUGGUGCUUUGUGCGUCAAUGCCAAAGAGCACAAUGUAGUUAGAGGCCACCUCGAGAGGACGCAAUCUAUUCAGGCCGACUAGUUGACGGCCUAAAUGAAAGACAAUGUUGAUUUGAAAGCUUUUUUUAACGUGUCACCAGUGUUUAAAGUAGGAUUGGACAGGUGGGGGAGCCUGAAAAUUGUGUGAGAUAAAAUGGCACACAUGUAUUCUCAAACGAGAAAUACAGGCCGGAUUAACCGGAAAAACACACACGGCCAGUGGCGCCACCAGGGGGUGGCCAGGGGUGGCCACGGCCCCCCUAUAAAUUUGUUGGCCACCACACUGGCCACCCCGCUUGCCAGUAUAUCAUUAGAUUGUUGUAGCAUCAGUUAUGCAUUUCAUCCUAAAUGCACAGCCAGGACCAAGGACUAUGGUUUAUGGACUAUGCAGUGUUGUUAAUAACGGCGUUAGAAUAUAACGGCGUUACUUUUUUCAGUAGUGAGUAAUCUAAUGAAUUACUUUUCUCAUCUUGGCAACGCAGUUACAGUUACUGAGGAUGGAAAGGCGUGCAUUAUUAUGCGUUGCUAUAUUGGUUGAAUGACGCGAUAAAAGUCUGAGGGAGACAGACUCACCGAGACGACAGAGCAGAGCAGGAGUGGGGACUCAAAGGAGGCAAAAAAGUUGUGACACCGAGCAAACACAAUGCUAGGUGGCUCCAAUAAUACCUGACUGUAGCCGAUAGCCUACAAAUACGCCCACAAGAUAUGGUAGAUAUCAUAUAUAUAUAGAACUAGAUGCGAAAUGACAGACACGGGGGCGUUAGCAACAUGUACAGUACAGGAACUAAAUGCGUUAGUAAACAGCCACCAUCUUAAAGCAGUAGACUUCUUAGGAAGGCUCUGUUGUAGAGAACCUUCCUAGCAAACCUAAGUAACUUUUUAUCUAAAAUACACCUAAAUCGGCAAAAUCUUGACUUGAAUCUAUCUUUAAACGAUGAAACAGUUUUAAAACUUCCACAUGUCGAAAGUAGACAGAAGGGAACUAAUGCAAUAAUGGGAGCAAUUUUAACAACUUUUAAAGGUUGAUUCAGGGUUAGGGUAAAGAAUUGGGUUAGGGGUAAUUGUCCCAAAAACCUUUUACACAUCACAUAGUGUGACCUACGUUUUUUUUUUUUUUUUGAGGGACAAAAAAAACAAAACAUGAAAAUUAUCACCAGUUACUUUGCCAAGUAACUAAUUACUCUUACAUUCAGGUAACUGAGUUACUAACGCAACUGCUUUUUGGGAGAAGUAAUUUGUAACUAUAAUUAGUUACUUAGUAAGAUUAACAACACUGGGACUAUGCACAUUAAAUCAUUAGGAACAUCAAAUAUUACACAAAGUAUAUCAGUAGCUGUGUCCUUAAGUCUUUCUGAUAGUUUUCCCCUGACAGCUUUAGUGCAAUAGUAUAAUGAAAACCUGAAAUUAUGGCUUUUAGUUUUGGUGUGCCACCCCAAGAUUUUAAGUGGCCCCAUCUGGCCACCCCGUGAAAAAUUUCUGGAGGCGCCACUGCACACGGCUAACUAACAAAAAGAAACAGCAAACUAACAGCGUGGACAAAAAAGACUAAAGUGAAAAGAAAACCUAAAAAGAAACACAGAUUGGUGAAACAAGACUAUUUUCUUCCCCACGCUCCUCCUCCUUUAACAAUAAAACAAUCAGAUAUUAACACUUAGAUGAGGUUUUCCAGCAGUUAGAUAAAUAUUCAUAACAAAGCAGUUAACCUUGAAGAUAACUGGAUAACAUUUUGCCAUGACACAAGGCAUGUCAUCUAAAUCAGCUAGCCAUUUUCACAUUCCUCUUAUUGGCCUGAUGAACUGCUGACUACUACAGAAUUAUUAUUAUUAUUCACCUUAUUCGCUUCCUUUGGUUUAAUCGCCGUUUUAGACUACCCCGGAAAUAUUCCAACCACAGACGAUUCAAACGAACGCGAGUGGUUUGACUGGCUCGGUAGAUGCUGCCUGUUAAAGAAGGCGGGCCCAGUAGAGGGUGGUGCCGCGCUCUGAUUUGGUGAACAUGUCAGGGCUUAAUGAUGAGAAAGCCACGCAGACUGCGCAUGCCAAAAUACACAGUCGAUGGGCGCUACUGCCAGUGUAAUGUAAAUGAUUUGUUUAUCUGACUAAGGAGGCGAAGCUGAGCUCCGGCCCACUUUAACCCUUGGAUGACACUCCUAGACUACUUUAUACUUGACUGCAUGACUCCUUUAAAUCCUUUAAAUUCUUUGCGUUGCAAAGACUCAGAGAGUAAAAUCCCCAAAUUUUUUUGGAAUAGGAUUUCUGUUUUUGCGCGACCCGGGGACUUUUUCGAACGACCCCGAAAAAUUUUCCGUUUGCCCGUAAAUGCCAAUUUCUCACCGAUUUUUCAAAAACAAACAACUUUUCAAAAUGUAUCUAGCCCUACAAUUCUUUACCAUAUCACAUAAUUUGGACAUUCCAGGACUGUGAGGGGCAUAAAAUUGUAUACAGAAUUUGGACAAAAAAAUACGGUUCCCCAGAAAUUUGCCCAAAAUUUUCUCAUUCAUUAUAUAUACUCUGUACAUGUUUAUUUUUUUAAUGUGUGCAACGUUCAGAUUUUCCUUUCACUUCCAAUGGAAUUUGCAUUGCAUGGACGGCCGUGUAUGUCGAAUCUAUUGAUGCCAAUGUACUUGAAUUCCAUUGACGCAUAGGUAAGCCGAUGCCAUUGACGGCUGCGUACGUCCAAAUUAUUUCCAAUGUCUGCGCAUUGCAUUGACGCACAAGUACACAAUAGCAAAUGAGGGCGAUGCACGUCCUUGCCAUUGAUGGCCAUGUACAGUAUGUCGAUUCUAUUGACCCCAAUGUACUUGGAAUCCAUUGACGCAUAUGUAAGUCGAUGCCACUGACGGCCACGGACGUCCAAAUUUCCCAUUCAUUUUCAAUGGGAAAAAAAAUGUCCCCAAAUCAACAGCAAAUGAACAGAUAUCAAUAGGACGUGUCCCCGAUUCCAUUGACGCGCAUGGAAGUCGAUGCCAAUGACGGCCACGGACAUCCAAAUUUCCCAUUCAUUUCCAAUGGCAUUAACAUUGCACUGAGGCCAAUGGAGACAGAUGCCACUGAGGGCCAUGAAUGUCAAUUAUAUUGAUGCCGAUGUACUUGGAUCCCGUUGAUGGCCACGGACGUCCAAAUUUCCCGUUGGUUUUCAAUAGCAUUUACUUUCAUGCCAUUGACAGCCAUGUUUGUUGAUUCAAUUGAUGCCAAUGUACUUUGAUACCAUUGACGUAAAUUUAAGUCAGUGCCAUUGAUGCCUCCAAAUUUUCUAUUCAUUUUCAAUGGCAGAAAAGCAAAUGUCCCAAAAUCAACAGGAAAUGACCAGAUAUCAAUAGGACGUGUCCCCCAAAUGACCAGGACAGUGAGGACACACCCCUAAAUUUCCCCAAAUGACCUGAUAUGAUCAGGACGUUUCCCUCAAAUGUCCCCAAAUCAACAGGAAGUUACCUUAUAUUGUCCCCGAAAUGUCCCCAAACCAACCUGUGCGGGGCUAAGAGCCUUAUCGCCACACAGCAAAGGCCCAGAGUAAUUUCUCCAGAAAUAGCAGUUUCUAGUAUUUAAUACAGUGCUUUUCAAUUAUUUACAGGAAGACGUAAAUGCCCCUCCCGCCACUCUCUGCCGCCACUGUACAUAGUAUCAUUUGUCUAUAAAACCAUGAUUAUUAUUAGGGUUGUUCCGAUCAUGUUUUUUUGCUCCCGAUUCGAUCCCCAUCGUUUUAGUUUGAGUAUCUGCCGAUUCAGAUAUUUCCCGAUCCGAUUGUUUUUUUUUUUUUGCUCCCGAUUCAAUUCCAAUCUUUCCCGAUAAUUUUUCCCGAUCAUAUACAUUUUGGCAAUGCAUUAAGAAAAAAAUGAAUAGAACUCGGACGAAUAUAUACAUUCAACAUACAGUACAUAAGUACUGUAUUUGUUUAUUAUGACAAUAAAUCCUCAAGAUGGCAUUUACAUUACUAACAUUCUUUCUGUGAGAGGGAUCCACAGAUAGAAAGACUUGUGACUUUGUAUAUUGUGACUAAAUAUUGCCAUCUAGUGUAUUUGUUACGCUUUCAGUAAAUGAUACUGUAGCCAUGCCCAAUGCAUGAUGGGAAGUGGAACCAUGACUGUGCGUAGUGCUAUCAAAUGAUAUAUCUUCUCUGCGUUGUGAAAUAAUAUAAGGUGUUAAGAAAAAGAUCAUUUGCUACCUUGCUUCCCCACAUUGCAUUUGCUUCCCUUGAUAUUUCUAAUCGUAGGGAGAGGGAUUGUAAGGCUUUAGCCAAUUUAAAAAAAGGCUCCAAAGGCUGCCAAAAUUCACUCUGCUGAUUUUACGCUGCCUUUUAUCUCUCUGUAUAGGUAAAUGGCGCCAUUACAGAUUGCGUGCGACAAUGCGUGAGUGGGUCGUGCAGCGCAUGCACUAAUUGCGUUAAAUAUUUUAACGUGAUACAUUUUUUAAAAAAAUGAAUUACCGCCGUUAUCGGUAUAAAUUUGAUAACCCUACCUUAAGCCUAAACUAAAGACUCUGGAUGAGUGUAACAUAUUAUUUCUGUUAAUGUUAAAUACAAUUAGAAAACAAUAAAAAAAUAUACAUACAUAUUUAAAAAAGGCAUGGCCGAUAUUUUUUUGCCGAUUCCGAUACUUUGAACACCUCUGCAUAACACUGAGUCCUUUUUAAUAUUAAGGGGAAAAUGGUAAUAUCGAUUAACUUACAAUAAAAUACAACUUUAUUAACAUAGUUUUGUUUGUAACAGAAAAGAAUAAGCGUACCAAUUUGCCUGAAUAAAAAAGACAUCCAAACUGUAAAAAUCCACUCAAGGUACAUUCACAAAAUUUGCAUGAAAAACUCCUAGCUUGACACUAAGAUGAUGUCAAAGUAAAGUGAGGAAACAUAAACAUUCCAUGUGUUGAUAUUCCACAUGACAAGAAUAAACCCUAUUUUAUCACGGUGACUGGAAGGCUACAUAAGACUGCAUUUUAGCUGAGUGAAUACUAUGAAAUGACGACAUUCUACAAAAGCAGUUCUUGCUCAGAUCUUUUGAACAUUUUCAUGUGAUAAAGACUGGACGAGAGAGAGGCGUUUCUCCAAAGAGAUUUUGGACUCUUUGAUUCAUUGAACGAAAGCCUGCCCUGUUGCAUCACGGGAAUUGUUGUUCCCUCCUGGUCCUUUGUAGAGCUCCCUGACUGAAGCCAGUCCUCCCCUCCCCUCCCCUCCCCUUUCCUCUCCUCCUCGGUGGAAUCAAGUGUGUCAUAAAAAGAGGAAUGAAUGGUGCAAAGGAUGGAGGGAGGGAGGGAUAAAUGAGUGGAGGAUGGAAGGAAAGAAGAAAAGUCAUGUCUGCUGACUCUUCAAGUGCACAUUUAUACGCGCUGGCGCACACACACGCAUCGAGUGAGAGUGUGUGUGUUGGGAGCACUGUGAUUGGCUGGAGCAGGCCAGGAGGAGGCCGCAUUGGAGGCGAGGCUACAAAGAGUGCACGCGUGCGCUACCCGGAGGUGUGCGAGAAAAGAAACCCGAGCCCGUCUCCUUUGUGUGGAGAGACGCUUCCCGUACGCGGUUAGCCGUGCGCGCGUUUUGAAGAUGGAGCGCUUCCUGGCUCUCCUGCGCCUGCUCCAGAGGAGGCGCAGGAGGAGGUACCGCGCCGACGACGACUACCAGGAAGGAUACGACGAUGUCUACUUCUAUACCAGCAAGUACCACGCGCGGCUGCUACAUGAAGGUCCGUACACCAAACAUUCGGCAGGCUCGCGUCCGUCGGACGGCGCGCUCGCCAUCAGGAGGCAGAGCAUUCCGGAUGAGUUCCGGGGGUGCACGCUGGUGGAGCUGAUGAAGAAGGAGGGCACCACGCUGGGGCUGACCGUGUCGGGCGGCAUCGACAAGGACGGGAAGCCGAGGGUGUCCAACCUCAGGCCCGGGGGCAUCGCCGCCAGGAGCGACCAGCUGAACGUCGGCGACUACAUCCGCUCGGUGAACGGCAUCAACUUGGCCAAGUUCCGCCACGACGAGAUCAUCAGCCUGCUGAAGAACGUGGGCGAGCGCGUGCUGCUGGAGGUGGAGUACGAGCUGCCCCCCGUCUCCGUCCAGGGCUCCGGCGUCCUGUUCAAGACCGUGGAAGUCACGCUUCACAAGGAAGGAAACAGCUUCGGAUUCGUCAUCAGAGGAGGAGCCAGCGACGACAGGAACAAGUGUCGGCCCAUCGUUAUCGCCACGGUACGCUCGGGAGGGCCGGCCGACAGGGAGGGGAGCAUCAAACCGGGCGACCGUCUGCUGAGCGUUGACGGCAUCCGUCUCCACGGCAACACGCUGGCGGAGGCCACGAGCGUACUGAAGCAGAGCGGACAGGAAGCCACCAUGCUGCUGGAGUACGACGUCUCCGUCAUGGAGUCCGUGUCCUCGGCUUCGGGCCCUCUGCUGGUAGAGGUGGCCAAGGCGACGGGCUCCAGCCUGGGCGUGGCUCUGUCCUCGUCCAUGUUCUGCAGCAAGCAGGUCAUCGUCAUCGACAAAGUCAAACCGGCCAGCAUCGCCGACAGGUGUGGCGCUCUGCACGCCGGCGAUCACAUUUUGUCGGUGGACGGCAAGUCGAUGGAAUUCUGCUCUCUGGCCGAAGCUACGCAACUGCUCUCCGCGUCCUGCCACAACGUCCGCAUGGAGAUCCUGCCUCAGCACCAAGCCCGACCGGCGCUCAACGCGCCGCAGCAAGUCAAGGUGCAGCGUUCUCCUCGUCCCCUCCCUUGGGAGAGCGGAAACUCCGCCCCUAUCCUCCCCCCUUACCACUACAACACGUACCAUCCCGACCAAUCGGGCGGCAGGUCGCACAACCGCCAUACAAACAAUCCGCCAUUGGGUCACACGUUCUCUCCGGGCUCCAUGUCGGCGUACAGUCUGUCGUCCCUCAACAUGACCGUCCCCAGGAACGCGUACCCCACUAGCCCGCGGGGUACGCUGAUGAGGAAGAAGCAGAAGAAGAAGGACUUCAAGAGCUCCUUGUCUCUGGCGUCCAGCACGGUGGGUCUGGCCGGUCAGGUGGUCCACACGGAGACCACGGAGGUGACGUUGCUCGGCGACGGCGUCAUGGGCUUCGGCCUCCAGCUGCAAGGCGGCGUCUUCGCCACGGAGACGCUCUCCUCGCCGCCGCUCAUCGCUUACAUCGACCCCGACAGUCCCGCAGAGAGGUGCGGCAUUCUCCAAAUAGGCGACCGCAUCUUAUCCAUAAACGGCAUUCCUACAGAAGACUCCACUCUGGAAGAAACCAAUCAGCUGCUUAGAGACUCCUCCAUUACUGCACAACUCACCCUAGAGAUCGAGUUCGACGUGGCCGAAUCGGUCAUUCCGUCCUCCGGAACGUUCCACGUGAAACUCCCCAAGAAGCCGGGAGUGGAGUUGGGAAUUACCAUAAGCUCUCCUUCAAACAGGAAAGCGGGAGACCCCCUCAUCAUUUCGGACAUCAAGAAGGGCAGCGUCGCACAUAGGACGGGGACGCUGGAGCUGGGCGACAAGCUCCUGGCCAUCGACAACAUCCGCGUAGAGACCUGCUCCAUGGAGGAGGCGGUGCAGAUCCUGCAGCAGUGCGAGGAGCUGGUCAAGCUGAAGAUACGCAAAGACGAGGACAACUCUGAUGAGCAGGAAGUGUCGGGGAGCAUCAUCUACACGGUGGAGCUGCAACGCUACGGGGGUCCUCUAGGGAUCACCAUCUCGGGCACGGAGGAGCCUUUCGACCCCAUCGUCAUCUCCUCGCUCACCAAAGGAGGCCUAGCGGAAAGGACGGGCGCCAUCCACGUGGGCGACCGCAUCCUAGCCAUCAACAGCAGCAGCCUGAAGGGCAAACCGCUGAGCGAGGCCAUUAUUCUGCUGCAGCAGGCCGGCGAGACCGUCACGCUCAAGAUCAAGAAGCACGGCGAGCUGUCCAGUCCCGAGUUCCGCGCCGUCGGCUCGGCUCUGGAGAACCACGACGGCGAGGCGGGAGAGGAACCGCCUUCGGGUCAGAGGAUGUUCAGCGCGCUGCCGUCCGUCGACAGCGCCGUCGAGUCCUGGGACGGUUCCAAUGUGGACGCCGGCUUCGCCAGUCCGGCCCCUUCCUUCCAAUCGUCGCCGUUCACAUUCCACGAGUGGCGCAACGCCAAAACGAGCAACAGCCAAUCCCUCGCCUCUUCUCGCCUAAGAACCAACCCGCUGGCGGACCUGUCGGGCCUCAACGACGACUGGGAACACGUCACGCUUGGCGGGUUCACGGUAGGUCACGACGGGACGGAACCGGACCAGGAGGAGAACUUUUGGUCUCAGGCCCUGGAGGACUUGGAGACGUGCGGACAGAGCGGGAUCCUCAGGGAACUGGAGGCCACCAUCAUGUCUGGCUCCACCAUCAGCCUGAACCACGACCCGGCCCCCUCCCGCACCUCGUUGGGACGCCAGGCCAGCUUUCAGGAACGCAGCAACACGCGCCCCCAGGUAACCCCGCGCUCCAACACCUUGCCUUCCGACCCCCAACGCAGAGCCUUCGCCAUGAAGAAGAUGAGACAGGAAGUCAAUGACAUCCUUAACCAGACGCCAGUCGAACUUCACAAGCUGACUCUGGAAAAGUCUUCCGAUUCCGAGGACUUUGGCUUCAGUGUGUCGGACGGCGUUUUGGACCGCGGCGUUUACGUCAAUAAUAUCCGGGCCGGCGGGCCGGCGGAGCGCGGAGGCCUGCAGGCGUACGACCGCCUCUUGCAGAUCAACCACGUGCGCACUCGAGACUUCGACUGCUGCCUGGUGGUUCCGCUCAUCGCCGAGUCGUCCGACCGCUUGGAUUUGGUGGUCAGUCGAAACCCGCUGACCAAUCACUCGGAAGGCACCGACAACGGCCGCGCCCCUCGACCCGUCGACGGCAACAAGGAAGCGGGCGAGGACGGCGCGCCCAUCAAGUGGAAGAAACCCGGGGACGGGACCGGGUCGGGGCUCGUCACAGACACUUCUGUAUAAGCACCCGAUGGGCCGCGCCUCCUCGGUGCUAGACACCACCUGAUCUUUGACCCGCAAGGGCGGCCCAGAAGCACACGGACACUUCACCGGUCCUCGGCCAGUGCCGACUCGUUUCCCGCCGGAACCUUUGAACCAGUUCCCGAUCGAUGGCGAGAGCGCUCUUGAUCUCGCUCCUCAUCUGGUGUGGAGUUCAAAUCCCGACCCAUCCCAUUCCCGAUAGCCAACCGGACCCUCACCUUCUCCGAUCCGCGGGGGCGUGGUCUUUGGCGUCAGAGGAAGCGAAAUUCCAAUAGAAGCACAGCAGCAGCACAAAGACUUGACGGCAGGUUGCAAAUGCCGUGGCCACGGAGACGACUGAUCGCAGAAGGACCGACCAAACGGAUUUCUUUGGAUCCAAAGUGAUUGGCGCAUCCGUAUCGGAAUUGGACUUGCGUGCCAUGAAAAAUCAUAAUUAUGAGGAUAACACUAAGCAGUUAAAAUAUAUUUUUUAAUGUUUACACACGUUGACUGGCCACACUGUGCGUGUGAAUGUGCUCGAGUGCGUGCGUGUUGUCGUCUUUGGUCAAACGGGCCCCCCAAACCCCGCCCCUCAACCAAUAACAGGCAGGAUGAUCUAUUCAGCAGAUUGGCUGGAACCAAUCAAUAUUGACGCCUGACUCUGAUUGGUUCUCUACCCCGCCACACGCGCCGACGAGCAUGACCUGCCCCCACCCCCCCCAAUAACUGUGAUGAAUUAUGCUAAUCAAUUGUGUGUUUUGAUUGACUGUUGUCACUUUUCUCUGUUUCCAUGACGACCAACCUCAAGAUAUACCCCCCCCCCCCAAAAAAAAAACACAAAAAAACACAAAAGAAGGACAAGUCGUCGUCGUGGAUUCCACGACAACAUUUUGUCAUUUUAGGUAACGUGUCGUGACACGCCCGUGACGUCAUUUAGCCGUUUCGUCUCAUUAGAAAGUCGACAUUUUCUUCAGCGACCAAUCGGAAGCCUCGAAAAAGAAACGCGCUGUUCUGCGCUCAGGACGGAAAGAGUCGUGAUUGGCCGUCGUUUGCUCGGGUGCGAGUGAGUGUUCUACUUGACUUUGGCUAGCCGUUUAAAGCACAGCGCCCCUUCGCGGCUGCAAAUCAAGCGCACACGACAAGCUUACGGCUAUCAAGAUACUUAGCACAAGGCUAACACACAGGGCUACGUUACAGCAGGGCUAAUCUUCUGGUCAAGAGUGACUAACCCGAGCCCACGCAAGCUCACAGUAAUUAGCGGUCAGGUUAGGGUGGGGCUAAUUAGCAUGGCCGAGCUCCCGUCAAAAAGAAUUUUUUUUCCAAUAGAAAAGAGCUUAGGGGCCUUGGGGGCGUGGCUUCAAGAACAAACGCACUGUUUGUACACGUGUGCAGGAAUUUGCAUAUUGCACUGCCACCAGAAAAGGAGAGUUAACUUCCAUGUAGCUUCACCAACCAACCAAACAAAAUAAGUCUUUUGUUUCAGGAACACUGACAAUGUUGUAAAGUAUUUUUGUACAAAUUUCAUACUUUGGUAGCAUGAUGUUCCUGCUGUGAGUCCUGCCGUCUCCACCUUUCUUUGUGUGGACGACGACUGAACGACAAUAAACUACUCAUGACACACUUUUUUGCCUUUCAUUUCUUCACCGAGUCUAAUAAACCCCUUUUUCAACAAAAUUAGAUUUUUUUAGGGCCAUUGACAACAAGGGCGUAGGUUUGCAUAGGGACGGCGGGCACGUAACACUAGCGACUUUUCAGGAUGCCCAAAUUGUCCCCACCAACUUUUAAGCAACCUUAUUUGCAUUUUAGAAUGAGUUCGGUUAUAGAGGUCAUUUAGAUUCUUUUCCCAUAUGUUGGAAGGACUGAAUAGCCCCUAUCAUUUUUAAGUGAAUUACUUUCAUUAUGUUCAGACAUUGACCCCUUUUCACUUACUGAAUGUGCCAGUCCAUUUUUUUCCCUCAAACGCACGAUUGAUUGGCUGAUGACUUCAACCCCUCCCCACACACACACGCAAUCACUUGCCACGUUUACAUGGAGCCAAAUAUUCCAAUUACAAUCGGAAUAUUUGUUCAAACCGAAUAAAUGUGUUCCAUAUAAACACCUCAUUCGGAAUGAACAGGCCCAAACCGAAUGGAAUUUCAUUCUGAUUCACAGGUGUGGAAUAUUCCU